AUGCUCAUGAUUUAGAUUCCUUUAAGGAAGCAUUCCAAAAGUCCAAAAGAUAUCCUUACACUAUGAGUGACUUAGAAUAUUUAUCUGAAAAAACUAGUUUGUUUUUAUUAAACUAUUUUCAACAGAUAUAUAAAAACCUUGGUCUUCUUGGUGGUUCUGUCAAAAUAGGAGAAAAGAGAAAACGAAAAUCAAAAAUUAAUCAAUAUAAACUUGCAUCUCUUGAACUAGAAGUAGAUUUAAUGUGUCUUCCUAGAUUAGAAAAAGGAAAAGAGGAACUUACAGAAGAAGAUAUAGAAAAUCCAAAUGCUGAAGAAGGUGAUGAAGAGGAGCAAGAUGAG